UUCUAGAUACAGAAACGGGAGAGGUUAAGGGUAGUGCCAGACAAGGAGAUUCAGAAAGUGCUAAAAGUGAGUUAUGACACAUUAGAUGAUGAACAGAAGAGCAUGUUUCUGGACAUAGCAUGCUUUUUCAGGUCGGAGAAAGCAGAUUUCAUUUCGAGCAUCCUGAAGUCAGAUCGUGUCGAUGCUGCAGCUGUGAUGAGGGAUCUUGAAGACAAGUGUUUCUUAACUGUUUCUUAUAAUCGGCUUGAGAUGCAUGAUCUACUGCAUACAAUGGGGAAGGAAAUUGGAUAUGAAUCAUCUGUCAAAAGGGAAGGAAAACGUACUAGGUUGUGGAACCCCAAAGAUAUUCGCCAUGUGCUGGAGCAGAGCACGGGAACUGGUUGUGUUAGAGGCAUUUUCUUGAACAUGUCUAAUGUCGAAAGGAUCAAGCUAAGUCCUGAUGUUUUCAUGAAGAUGUCGAAUCUCAAAUUCCUGAAAUUCCACUAUUCUCAUUGUUCCCAGUGGUGUGAUAACAAGCAUAAAAUUCAGUUCUCUGAAGACCUUGAUCAUUUUCCGGACGAGCUUGUGUAUCUUCACUGGCAGGGGUACCCUUACGAGUACCUGCCAUCAGAAUUUAAUCCAGAGGAACUCGUUGAUCUCAGUCUGCGUCAUAGCUACAUCAAACAACUGUGGGAAGAUGAGAAGGUGCCACAGAAUACAGAAAAAUUAAGAUGGGUUGACCUCAGUCAGUCACAAGGCUUGCUGAAUCUAUCAGGUUUGUCCAGGGCCAAAAAUCUUGAAAGAUUGGAUCUCGAAGGCUGUAAGAGUUUGGUUAUGUUGGGCUCAUCAAUCGAACAGAUGAACAAACUAAUUUACCUGAACCUCAGAGAGUGCACUAGCCUUGAGAGUCUUCCGGAGGGAAUCAAUUUGAAGUCUCUAAAGACUCUGAUCCUCAGUGGCUGCUCAAACCUUCAGGAGUUUCAAAUCAUAUCAGAAAAUAUUGAGUCCCUUUACUUAGACGGCUCAACCAUACAACGAGUUGCUGAACGCAUUGAGAGUCUUCGCAACCUUAUUUUGCUGAAUCUCAAGAAUUGUUGCAGGUUGAAGUGUCUUCCCAACGAUCUUUACAAGCUGAAAUCUCUUCAGGAACUGAUUCUCUCUGGCUGCUCAGCUCUGGAGAGUCUUCCACCCAUCAAAGAGGAGAUGGGAUGCUUAGAGAUUUUGCUUAUGGAUGGAACUUCCAUCAAACAGACACCUGAAACGAUUUUUUUGAGUAACCUGAAGGUGUUUUCGUUCUGUGGAUCUAGCAUCGAAGAUUCCACAGAGUUGGCGUUGUUGCCUUUCUCAGGCAACUCUUGUCUUUCAGACCUCUAUCUGACGAAUUGCAAUAUCUACAAAUUGCCGGACAACUUUAGUUCCUUACACUCGUUGAGGUCUCUAUGCUUAAGCAGAAACAACAUUGAGACUCUACCUGAGAGCAUCGAGAAACUUCAUUGUCUGUUGUUUCUUGACUUAAAACAUUGCCGCAGGCUCAAUUCUCUCCCGGUGCUUCCACCUAAUAUACAGUAUGUAGAUGCUCAUGGGUGUGUUUCUCUGGAAAAAGUUGCAAAACCAGUGACAGUUCCCCUAGUAACUGAGAGGAUGCAUACUACUUUCAUUUUUACGGAUUGCUUCAAACUGAACAGAGCUGAACAAGAAGCUAUUGUAGCUCAGGCCCAACUCAAGAGUCAGCUACUGGCAAGGACAUCUCUUCAACAUAAUCAUAAGGGACUAGUUCUGGAUCCUCUGGUUGCCGUUUGCUUCCCAGGAAGUGACAUACCCUCAUGGUUCUGCCAUCAGAGUACGGGGUCUUCGAUUGAAACCGACCUCCUUCCUCACUGGUGCAACAAUAAAUUUAUUGGAGCUUCCCUAGGUGUUGUUGUCACCUUCAAGGAUCACGAAGGUCGUCAUGCAAACCGUUUAUCUGUAAGGUGCAAGUGCAGAUUUAAAAAUCGAAACGGUCAGUCAAUCAGCUUUAGUUUCUGUCUUGGGGGAUGGAACGAGUCAUGUGGAUCAUCUUGCCAUGAACCACGGAAACUUGGAUCUGAACAUGUGUUUAUUAGCUAUAACAACUGUAAUGUGCCAGUCUUCCAAUGGAAUGAAGAGAGUAAUGACGGUAAUAGAUGUCGUCCCACUAGUGCCUCAUUUGAAUUCUACCUUACUGAUGGCACUAAAAGGAAGCUAGAAAGGUGCAAGGUGACAAGGUGUGGGAUGAGUUUGCUAUAUGCUCCAGAUGAUAAUGACCGUGGGUUCCAGGGAACUCGGGUUACAGAUACUGUUGAGCGUACAUCGAGUGAAGCUUAUGUACCCGUUAGAGGUCGGUCACACUCACAAAUUGGAGAAAGAAGGAAUGGUAGAAUGAGAGAUGAAAUCCCCUUUGGAGAUAUUUGAAGCAAGCACCCGAGAUGACCAUCGAGAUCAACUAUCGGUCGAUAUUGGAGAGCUAGAAUCGAUCGAUGCACAAGACAUAGUGUCGAUUGAAAGCGAAGCGCGCAGGAAUCCCAUUUGGUCACAGCCAACUUGAAGCCCAAGAUUUCACUAUUUUACAAGAUUGCCCCUGAUGAGUUUUACCCUAA